AUUUGAGUUGAAGAAAUUCUAGCAUCGUCGUUGAGUAAUUCGGGUGCUUUCACCAAAUAGUCAAAAUACUGUUGGAGAGAAAUUUUUGAGCAGAGAAUACUAUUUUCAAUCUUUAAUGCUUUUCAAGCAUUUUUUAUUAUGUUUAGUAAUAAUUCUCUACAAGAUACAGUUUUUUAGAGUGAAAAGGUAUUGAAAGUAUUGAGCUUGACCACUCAUUCGUACUUUACUUGACACAGCGUCAUAUAGUUCAAAAUGGCGUUGAUUUAGGAAGUAAUAACAGUAGUAAUCGCUUAUAUUGUUAUCUGAAAAGUGUUUCUUUUUUAUUAUUUACGUUUUUUUAUUGAAUUAUGAGACAGUGAGUUAUUUACUCAACAGUAGUAGUAAAAGUGAAUUCUUGGAAUUGUGAAAUCAUUUAUAUUUCUUUCGAAUUCCAUACGCUGUGUGUGUACUACCUACUGUACUUGUUUGUUUUCAAUUCAUUCAUUAGUUUUGUAAUGAAUGAGUAGUGUGUGACAUUUGGAUACAGACAAUAUCAAAGCUUUAAAAGAAGUAAUGAGUUGUGUUGAAUGAAUGAGUCUCAUUAUUGACGAUCGUGAAAGUUGUUCAAUGAUGACGGUGUCUAAGAACGGAGAGCUGUACUUUGUAAAGUUGUUGCUGCCGACGUGCGUGAAGAAUGCUACUUGAUAAGUCGACGCCGCCGCCGCCGCAGCCGCCAACGGAGGGCAGACGAGGCAGAGGGAUGGAGGAGCCGGCAAAGAAGCGUGUGCGGCUGACAGCCGACGACGGGGUCAACGAGGACCUGGAGCUGUUGCAACGCAACCUGCUCGGCCAAUGUCUGUGCUCGAUGUCUGAGAGCUGCCUGCGCAAACCAUUCCAGGGCAUGAAGCUCGUUGCUGAGGACGACAUGCACGGCUGCCGGACAGCUGUGAUCGCCGAGUGGAACAGGGACAGGACUCUGCAGUUUGUCAGCUCAGUGCAGUUGUUGUGUGAAGUGGCUAUCAAGCAGAACUCCAAGGGAAUGGUGUGUUCGCGCAUCGGUGACGUCAUCGAUGCUCUCAUCAGAAACGAGCACCAUCUGGUCGACAACCUGAUUGAGUUGGCCUCCCAUCCCGACAGGUUUGUGUGCUUUUCAGCCAGCCGUGCCCUGUCGGCGUUCUUCCUUGUUUCCAGGGCACAUGUGGAUCCACGCUGGCUGGAUAGGCUCACUGAGAAUGCUGUCAAUUCGACACACCCUCACAAAAUGUCAUUUUCAUUAGAGGUAAUCAAGCAUGUAAUUGAAUAUAAAGACUGUGAAGAACAUCCCCUUGAAGAAUCAACUGAUGACCGCCCUCCAUCUUCUUGUCAUAUUGUCACUGUCAACGAUCCCGAAAGUUUAGAUAGCAGCCAAAUCAAGUGUCUCUGUAUAAAAGCUUUAGAAGCGAAAUGGCCUGCUGUUGUAAAUAGAUUUGAUGCGUUGAUCACAUCAUUUUCGCCAGGGUACGAAUCUACUGUUAUUACAUUCCUAGCUCUGUGGGAAGCAAUAAUUUCGGUCAAAGCCAAUUUAUCGGUGGUUGAUACAAAGCCGUUCUACUCUCAUCUUGACGGUUUUGUGACUCUUCUGAACUCUGGGGUUCCGCCUGUGGUUUGGAAGCAUCUGCUGAACCUGUUCAAUGAGGUGUUGUGCUACGGGUCGACACUGGCACUGCAGGAUGUGCUGGCAGAAGAGCCGUGCUCGCUGGCGCACCUCAUAGUGCGGGGCAUCAAGGACUGGCGGCUGCUGGACUCACUGCCCUACAGGGGCGGCAGCGGGCGGUUUGGGGGCGGGGCGGGUGACGGUGACCGACCGCUGCUGCAAAAGGCCGUGCUGUUGGUGCUGAAGGCCGUGGCCGUCACUGUCAAGGAGACUCGCUGCGACUCGUCGAGUGACUCGUCCCUCGGCUCGGAGGCAGACGAUGCCGAUGCUGACAUGGCUGUCAUAGAGCGCAGCAUCCGCCAGGUGCUCAGGCAGUUGGACGUCUGUGUCAAAGCACUACUACCCUUCCACCCGGAAACGCCCCUGGCCCAGUGGGUGGUGCAGCUGUUUGCCGACCAGGAUGACGCCUUGGUUGAGGGCAUGGUGUGCUGCUUGGAUGUCACUGUUGGCCUGUUCUACCGCGAAUCAGCUCUCCCUGAUUUGAGAAUGGCUCUGAGCCCUGCUGUCACAUUCGUUCAAUUUCUACGAGCUGUUUCACAUGACCCGCAAGUGUUGCUCGACCUACUCGUCUCCAAUGAGACCUGCUUUCUGCUCUACUUAUUAAGAUUACUGAAAUACAUUCGGAGGAAUUGGGGGGAGUUUGUGUCAGUGUGUGCGCGGGAACUGGACAGCACCAUGAGUGUGCUCAUCAGGUUGCGGCUUUCCAUUCACAAACUCGUUUCCAAAGCUUUGUUCCCUUACAAUAUCAAUCCCGUACUGAGGUUAUUAGAAAAGUGUGAAGAAAUGUAUGAAGACAUUCACAAUAAUUGAAUGUCUACUUGGUAUUGUGAGGUAGAAAAUAUCAAUUAAAGCGUGUAUAUCAAUAAGAUUCAAGUGCAAUUACUUCUAAAUAGAACUCAUUGACAUUAUUGUGAAUAUUUUUGCAGAAAUUGAUUUUUUUUCUUAUGUGUUCAGUCGAGAAAAUUAUUCCCAAUAUUAAAAAUAUAUGAGGCUAUAAAAUUGCCAUAAUCAGUAUUCCUAGUUAUCGAUUUUAAAUAAAUUACUGGAUUUAGUAUGUAUUUCAUGUUUGACAUAUCCAUGUUUCAUUACAAAUUAUGUUAUUGAUUGAAUGUUAGUAAUCCCCCAAUUGGGCUGCUUUUCAAUAAUGACUGGUUGUAACAUUGUCAAUUUUUCAGUCUUCCGAAUGUAGCUUUUAAUUGUGAAAAAUAUGUUAUUUUGUCUUAAUCCAAGUUGUAGGGUAAGUGAUAAUACUGUGUAAAGACUAGAAAUAACAAUAGUUCAGAAAUGUUUAUUCUGUGCAAACAACUGUUAAAUCUCAAGCUAAAGAGAUAUACGACUACAUAAUAAGUUCCGAUUUUCAUUCCAAUAGUUACCCUUAAGCAUUAGGCUUCCAAAAUAAUUUUAAAAACAAUCCAGUCUAUUAUGGAAAGAUUUUAUGUAAUAUUUUUAGAUUGUAAAUAUUUUAGUUGUAAGAAUGAUAUUUAUAUUUUACAUGGAUAAUUUCUUGUGGAAUAUGUAAAUAUUUAUUUUUAACAGUAUGAAUGUAAUGUGUAAGUUAGUCGAGUGGUGUGUUUUGUAUCAUGUUUUGUACAUAUCAAUACUGCCUUGAAACAUGAUUGGUAGCUUCUAAAAGCAAAGAGAUGACAAUUAUUUUUCCAACUAACAUUAUUUUUUUUAAUCUAAGCAGAUGUAAUUUAUCAUAUUAAUAUUAAUAAAUUAUCAAUUAUUUA